AAAAUUAUAACUGAAAAUCCACAAUGACGAUGACCUCCUACCAGGGUGCCUUGCGAGGAUUUUUGUGUAUACUUGCUGUACUACUUCACCAUUGUGCAAGACAUGUUACUUGUGAUUGCCUCCUGCCAGAUGUGCCUAGUGAAAUAUACCCGCUAUCAUCAAUAAGGACCUCAUACAGUGAAGGUGCAAUCUUUGAGGUUGUCUGUAUUCCUCAGUAUCUGCCUGAUUCUGUUUUCAACCUAGAGUGUGAUGUGUCUGGAAACUGGCAAGGGACUUUUCCUAAUUGUGAAUCUGAUUACAAUGGCGCGAGAUGGUGGAUACUGCUAAUCAUCUUGGUGACUAUCAUUGUUUUGGUUCCUUGCAUAUUACCAAGAGUCUACUUUCACUUUUUUGAUGAGCAACAGGUUGAGCGUUUGGAGCUUUUGCACAGACAAAGGCAAGAAGUUGAAUUGAAAUCAUUCAGGCGUGGUGAAGCAGACUCAAACCAGCGGAAGAUAGAUUCUUUUGAUUUUUCCUUUCCUGAUUAUGAGACUCGGAACAUCCACCCGCGGCCGCUUCCACCCAUUAAACAAAAAGGUGCCCAACAUAGCACCGGUGAUUCCAAAGUCUACCUGUGAUCAUCUAUUCCUGGUUGUAGGACUGAUCACAGUACUUUGGAGAACAUCCAGUGUUGGUUCCCAGUGAUUGUUACAUUCUGGUUUUGCAGUUGAGUCAGGACUCAUCUCUUGAAAUCUACCAGUUUUUUCUGGACCACAAUACACUAUUAAAGCUUCCACUGCAUUGCUUGCCUGUCAUGCUGCUGCAUUUUAUUGUCCUAAACUGCGGUGAUAUGGGCAAGUUCUCUUUCCCCAUCUUACUGUACGCCAUAAUUUAACUAUCACUAUCAGUAUCCGUUUCUUUAUUACUUUCUUAUUAUUUUCUUCAUGUAUAACAUGCAUUAUAUUGCAUAGUCUAUCAUGCACAGAGAAAAAUUGUUGGGAUUCCAAAACCACUUCGUGAUGUAUAAAUUUAGCUAUGAAUGCGUUAAAUUUUUUUCUUUAACUUAAACUUUAAGUACAUGUACAAAAAAAAAUAAUAUAUGUAAGAAAAAAUUCAGGACCUGAAAAUCUAUUCACUGGGUUCUUGUUUCGCUAUGUGUGUGUAAGACUGCAUACAGGAAAUAUGUAGUUAGAUCUAAGUGAAAGGCAUAUAUUUUAUUGUUACAUCUCAUUGCUGUACUGCCAUAAAAUAUCAAAUCAGGUUCAACAUUUUCCUUUCACUUAUAAACUUACCUCUCACUCUCACCUUUCACUUUUUUAAAAGUCUCCUCUAUCUCGGUAGAAAUAUCUUUCUGUCACCUUUAUUUUUUUAUUUUUUAUCAAGGCUCUUGUUUCUGUUUUCUCUCAUCUUUCAUUUUUAUUUUUGAAACUCCCAUCUCUGUAUAAUGAUGGUUGUAAAAGUUAUUAUGCAUAGUGGUAACAUAGCCAUUACAGUUACCUGUAACAUUCAAAUCAUAUAUAUUUUUAUAAUGACUCUUUUACAGUCAAACUUUUCUUAAUUUUUUAAAUUUGAAGUUGUGGCUCAACAAAAUUUGCAUGUGUGCUAUUUCUUUUUGUAUUUGAUGCAUACAUUUUGCCUACAAAGUACUGUAGAUAUAACAUUUACGUAAUUUUUUUCAUCAGUUGUUUCUGUUCAAAAAUAACAUAUUUUGUCUGUGAUAUGUUUAUGAUAUUGUCAGAUUUGGACCCACCAUGGUGAAAAUUGACUAUUUGUUUUAAUUAAAUUAACCACAAAUUGUUUAAGUUACAUUGUCUCAUCAGUAUCUGGUGCGUUUUCCCAAAAGACUAGUUUGGCUAGUUCAUUAUGGUAUAUUAAACAGUUUUUGUAACUUA